GCAGCAAUCCGACGGUACAUCCGGACAUUGACCUUCGGAAUGCAUUUCAAGCGAUGUUUCGGGAGAAAGAGCAUGCAAUAAAACAAGACCGACAACAACACCCGCUGGACCUGGACCCUGGACGCUACCGGAGCGGACUGGCCGGGAGCUGACCGGUGGGCGAGCCGGAAAGGACACUAUAAAAAAAUGUGCACAAGAAAGUUAUGCUUUCAUUGCUGUUCCGUUCGUUGCAUCGAGCGAACCGUGCGUCAGUGUUGUGUCCGGGAUCACACCAGAUUCGUUGCGGGAGGUGCAGAACUGUCUCAAGAGUACUCGCUCGCUGUCUGUCUGUCUGGUCGAUACGCGAAAAGCAAGAUGUCGUUUGAUAGAACACUCGUCUCGUCGUUGUUGGGCGCACUGAUGGUGCUGUCGCUGGUGGCCGCUUCCGCUACGAAACCGGAACCCGUCGCUGCAAAGGCGGCCGCUACGAACGCAACGCGAGACUACAGCAGCAGUGGCAGCAACACCGAGGUGAACAAUUUCCCCGUCAACGGACUGCCCCCGUUGACGUACAGCACGAAGAAAUACACCUUCUACCGGACCGGGGUGUCGUUCUUCGAAGCGUGGAACCUUUGCCGCGAUAUGGGCAAACGAUUGGCCGCUAUCGAAACGUAUCAGGACCAUCUGGCCUUCCAGGAGGCAGUCUUGCCGUUCGCGUCCUACGAUGUGGCGUACUGGAUUGCGGCGACCAACAUUGGGGCCAACGCGCAGGAGCGCCAGCAGUUCUACUGGAUCACCAACGACAGACCGGUCGGCUAUAUAAGCGGAUUCCAGAAUUGGAUCGAUGGCGUGGCACCGAGCGAAGGGAACGUGUGUGUGGCCGCGUAUCUUGGCAGUGCGCUCUGGAUUUAUGGUCCGUGUGCGACCGCCAGUUCGGCAUACGCUUGCGAGGAAUCGCAGGACGUCUGAGCGCUUCCUUCGAUACAGCAGCGAUGGUUAGGGCUGCGUUACAAACUACUUUUAGUAUGAAAAUUUAAAGGAACGACAAAACAAAAAAACAAUAAAAUUGCUAUUGCUUAUGAAGCUCAUGGAAAA